AUGAAUGCGGGCGCCACGCCUCCGCCCCUACACCCGGACGCACAGCCCCUGAAGGGACAGCCGCACGCGCCCGUGGCACCCCCCGCCUCGCAGCGCCCGGACCAACACCCGGACCAACACCCGGACCAACACCCGGACGAGCACGCGGACGAGCACACGGAGGCGCAGACGGAGCGACAUCCGCAGGGGGAGGAGGCGGAGGAGGGGGCGGAGGGGGCGGGUUGCCGAGUGGCGCCCUGCAGGAACGGCGCCUCCUGCACCGGCGCGGCCGGCGGCUUCGUGUGCCGCUGCGCUCCCGGCUUCGCUGGGCUACGAUGCGAAGCGCGUACCCCCCUUCGUGCUCUCCCACGCGAGCGCUCCCCCAGCGCUUCGGUUGUCAGAGCCGAGGGGCUCGACCCCGAGUCCCGGCAACAGAAGCAGCCGCGGAUCGACGACGCGGUCCCCUUGGAGCUGCAGGCCCGAGUGCUCCCCCUGGCAGCCGCCGCGGGCGGCUCUGCGCUGCUGCUCGUGCUGCUGGUGGUGGCCGUGGGCGCGCGGCGUCUGGGGCGCAUCGGCGCUCACGCGGAGGAGUCUCAGCUGGCCGGGAUGGCGGCGAGGGGCACGGCGCCUCUCCACCGCCUGCGCGCCAUUCACCUGGGACGCGCACAGGCGGCGCUGAGACGGGCCAGGUUCGAUCGCCGCGCGUUCCAGGACGGAGUCGAUGACGACUCGACCCGCGACGACAAACCACUCGUGUGAACAGAACGAGAAUGGAACGCAGAGGGAACGGAACGAGCGCGGAACAAGUGCGGAACGGGCAUGGGGCGACACACACAAGGCCCGUCGCCAGCGAGCGUGGAGUGCUAGAGAAUUCGUUAAACACGUAGCAGGCUUUCGCGACCAAUAUUAUUCAUAAUAACCGUUUUGGGUUAGAUCGCGUUAUUUAUAAAUGUGUCGUAAUCCUCCAUCACCCGACACGGACAAUCAGCAAAAAAGUGUCACGUUGACAAAAGACAAAUAGUUCACUGCUUUAGCCCACCGGUGUGUUGAAGCGUGAAACCACAACAUUUACAAUGUUUGAGAACGACGUGACACAUUUUUGCUGAUUGGCCAUGUCUGGUGGUGGAGGGUUGCGACACAUUUAUAGAUAACGCGAUCUAACCAAAAAACGUUCAUUAUGAAUAUGAUGCUAGAGAAUGAAUUGUACUGUCUAUUUGCACCUCGUCUCUCUCUCGUCCUUCGCUUCACCCGUGUCCAUCUCCUACUUCAACCAUCGAGUGCAAAGCCGACUCUCGGUUAUCCGGGGUAAUUGGGAGAGAGAGAGAGGGGGGGGGGGUCAUGGGGGAGACAGAGGUCCGGAUUUAAAAAAUAACCGUGGACAAUUCACACCGUACGUAAAUGAGGCUAGGACCACGUGUUUACGACCACACGGGGCGCUGGUGCGAACACGGGGAAGCUGGUGGACGUCUGCUGUCAUUGAUGCUCAAAGCACCGGACCCCGUUUUACUUGCCGACGUGCAGCCACGCACACACGUACGGACCCUGGACGAGUGAGGAGCAGCUUAUACUCAUAAUAUCUAAACAGCUCACGCGUGUAGACAUACUCCGUUGACUCCCUACCCAGCCAUUAUUCAAUAAACUGGAAAAAUAAUCGGAUCGCGGAUAAUCGAGAGUUGGCUGUCGUUUGAAUGGACCUCAUCGUGUGUGAGUGCAAAUCGAGUGAUUUGACGUUUUCCAAAACUGAGAAUUCGAUCUGCUCUCAACAGCGACUGCUCGCACCAGCGUCUCCUGUGGUGUGAAGCAGCAUUGCAUGGACAACGGCUCUCAGCCUUAUCCAGACCACCAGCUUCAAAAGAACUGAGUGUGGCAAUUUUGUCGUUCUGCAUAAUAGAGGUUUUUGGGUUAGAUCGCGUAAAUAUAAAUAUGUCGUUAAACUCACCAACACCCGAUACAGCCAAUUAGAAAGGUUUGUCACCUAAACAAAACAUGCCAAUUCGUUACUAGUUCGGCACACCGGUUGUGUGUUGGAGAGUAAACCCACAACAACAUUUACCAUUCGAGUACGGUGACGUUUCGCCGGUAAUUACAACCAGCCUCAUCAGGUGACAGCCAGAGUUGUGGAGAAAUCCACCUCCUGUUUCGGUCUUGGACAGAGGAGGCAUAAAUGUGACGUCGUCACUUUUGAACCAAUCAGGUGCGAAGAUAAGAGGUGGCUACCAGUUUGUUUUACUUCUGUCCGAGUCCAGCUGUGCAACCAACGUUACACGCAAUGAACCGAUUCGAGGGGCGCGUAGAUUACAUGACGCUGUCCUCACAAUGCACCGACUGACGUCACACGCAAUGAACGCGUCAUUAGCUCCGCCCCUGGCCCUGCUUGGCUUCAAGCCAGAAUCUAUCUAUUGUUGUUGCGGUUGCACCCGAUUCAAGAGCCGAAUGGCUCACAGGGCUUUACCUAAUAAAUGAACUUUGAACUUUGAACUUGAACUGUUGUUAGGAUGCCAACAUUUUCAACCACUUUUUUGAGUCGGUGGUUCAAACCCCAAAAUGUAUAAUAUGGCCACACAUUCAGUUAUUUAGAGCGGGUGGUCUGGAUAAGGCUGAGAACUUCUACACAUGCAGCGCUACACACCCGUGUGUGUGUGUGGUUUAAUGUUUUUUUCCCCUGCCAGUUGUGUUGGUGUUUUCUUGUCGUUUACGGAUGCGAAGUAGCUUCCUGCUUAGCGUUGUUUUGUGAUCGGACGGAAUUAGUGACACGUUCUCUGAUUUUACGAGUUCUUUUCACGGUAGCUUCCUGGUUCUUGCUGUCUGUGAUUGGUUGGAGUCCUUCACGCGUAAGAUUAGCCGCGGUUGGCUACGUGCGGUGCGAAAGAAGUCCAACAUAUACAGGACACACAUACGUAGAUCCCAUCUGCUAUAUCACGUGGUACGGUAGGGUCACGUAGCUCAAUGCUGUAUGGAUCAUCACAGCCCAUUGUACCUGUGGCGCACGACCACUGAUAUUAUACAUACGGGCAUAAU